CUCCUUUGUUAUAAUAAUUAUUCGAUUUAUUCAUUGUCCAUGAAAUAAUAAAAAUAUUUAGAUAUUUUAAAAAGAAUAACAAUGAAAAAUAAUUUUUGGACAGAAUUUACGUACAUAUAUAUGCAAGUCUAUGGGCAAGUGACUCACUGUGUAAUACUUUAAUUAUCAUAAAGUAGAAGGUGAAACAAUGUUAAUGUAGGAUUAUCAGGAAAAAAAAAAAAAGAGAACAAGACGCAUUUACUUUAAUACCUAUUGCGUAAUUAGUCAACAAACUUAGAUAUGUGAUAGAUAAAAAAUGAGUAAGAGUAAAAAAAAAUUUAAUCAUUGUGCUGUGUUUAAGCAACGAACGAAAAAUGACGAUAAUGCUGAAUUAUCGAAUUCUAUGAUUCUAUGUGCAAGAAAAACUGGUCAACUUAAUCUCUCGUCGAGAGGAUUAUUUACUGUACCAAGUAGGGUAUGGACUAUAAAUGAGUUAACAGAGGAUGAAUUAAAAAAAUUAAAUUUUGAACUUGAUUAUGAUGAAACAGAGCAGCGAUGGUGGGAACAAGAAUCUUUAAAAACAUUAGACUUAAGUUGUAAUAGUCUAAUUACUAUUGAUGCACAAAUAAAGAAUUUAAAUGAUCUUACUGAACUGGAUUUACACAGCAACUUAUUACAAAAAUUGCCAAUGGAAAUAGGAAAUUUAACUAAAAUGAUGACUUUAGAUUUAUCACAUAAUAAGUUGGAAGUACUACCUAUUCAAUUUUACCAUCUUCUGGAAUUACGUAAUUUAAACUUGAAGUACAAUAUUUUAAAAGAGCUUGAUACUGGAAUUACUGAUUUAAUAAUGUUAAGCCAUUUGGAUUUAUCUCAUAAUAAUUUAAUUGAAUUACCCAUUGGAAUGGGAUACCUUGUUAGAUUGAUUUUUCUGGAUGUAAGCUAUAAUUCCUUACAAAAUUUACCACCUGACAUAAUGAGUAUGAGAGCAUUACAAACCUUGAUUGCAAAUUCUAAUGAAUUGAAAGAAUUACCAUCUUUAAGUGAAUUAAGAAAAGUUGAAACAAUAAUGUUUCAAAAUAACAAAUUAAUAAUAUUUCCUGAUUUAUCUGGAUGUGUCACAUUGAAAGAACUUCAUUUAUCUGAAAACAAUAUUGUUGAUAUUAAUAUGUUGCAUUUAGAAGAAGUAAGGCAAUUAAAAAUAUUAACAUUAGGGAGUAAUAGCAUAAAAGCUAUUCCAGAAGGAAUAAUUCAGUUAAUAAAUUUGGAAUAUCUUGACUUAUCAAAUAAUAAUAUAUCUUUAAUACCUGUAUGCAUUGGCAUAAUGCCAAAUUUAAAAAAAUUCUCUAUUGAGGGGAAUAAUGUACAAAAUGUAAGAGCUGAUAUAAUACGAUGUGGUACAUCUCGCAUUUUAAAACACUUACAACAAAGUACAGAUACUGCAAAUAUAAAUGUAAAUGACUCAGUAUUAUCAAAUACAAGCACAAUUUCCUACCCAAACAAAUAUAUGAUGAAAAAUACAAGAAUGUUAAGUUUAGCAGGUCACGGUUUAACCGAAUUGCCAAUAGAAGUAUUAGAAGAUGCAAAUGCAGCUGGCGUAACUUUAAUCGAUUUAAGUAGAAACCAUAUGCGUGAAUUACCCGAAAUGUUAUCCGUAAUUACUACCGUUACAGAUUUGAAACUAACAUCUAAUAAUCUAACAUAUUUACCAGAAUGGAUUGGUGAAAAGUAUGAACGUUUACAGGCAUUGGAUUUAAGUAAAAAUCAUUUGUUAUCAUUACCAUCAACAAUUGCUUUAUUUAAAUAUUUACGAGAUAUUGAUAUUUCUUUUAACAGAUUUACCGAACUACCGGAACAUAUUUAUGAAAUAAGUACUUUAGAAACGUUAAUGGUGAACGAUAAUUUGAUAGCGAAUAUUGAUGUUUCAUCGUUGAAAAAACUAAAAAGACUUGCAAUUUUGAAUCUCGCAAAUAAUAAUAUUGACAAUGUGCCAGCAGAACUAGGAAAUUUAACAAAUAUAAGGUCUCUCAUGUUAUCCGGAAACUGCUUCAAAAAUCCAAGACAAGCUAUUUUAGCAAAGAGCACAGAUGAAAUUCUUGCAUAUCUUCGUAAUCGGAUACCUCAACAAUCGUAAAAGAAAAAUAAUAAGUAGUCAUAUUUAAAGUACAAACGCGAUAGACUAUUUCGAGCUAUAUUCAAAAUAUUUUUCGCAAUGUAUGGUCUUGCAAGAGGAUAUUUCGAUUUGUGAAUCUGAGCUUAAGGGACGAAACUUAAACGAAAGAGGAUGUAGCUUUUUUAAAAAAAUUUAUAGUAUAUUAUAAUCAACGUCCUCUUUUGUAUCAGAUUGAUUUCGUUCAACUCCCAGAUUUGACAAAUCUAAUUAACAUUUUGGCCUCUUGUUAAAAUGCUGUCUCGUUUAUAAUUUCUUUUCUAAUUCUAUAUCGUAUCUAAUAUAUUUCAGACCAAAUAUUGCGAAAAAAUAGUUAUGUAUAUUUCGAUAUACAUUACACAAAAUUCAGGUUUAUAUUUAAUAAUAAUAAUAUAUAUAUUUAUUCCACGUUAAAA